GUGCGCGGCGCGAGGAUGUCCUCCGCCCGCGCGCCGCGUAACAGGCUUCCUUUUGCAUACCCGAAUGCGAGUUGUCACCCCAGCGACCCGGUUCUUCCCUUACCUGAGUUCGAACCGAACCCGUCUCCUCUCUUCCCCGGCCCUCGCUCGGAGGCCGAAACCCUAGCCGCCGCGCCGUCCGACGGCAUGCUCGCCGGCGUGAAGCUCAUCCCUCGCGACCAGAUCCUGUCGUCCCAGAAGCGUGGAGGAGGCGGGGGCUCCGAUUCCGACGGCUCCGACGGCAAGAGACCGGCGAAACAGGAUAAGAAAGGGCGGGGGGAGGAGAAGAGCAGGCGGAGGGGGCGGCGGCGUCGGAGGAGCAGAAGGUGCAGCUCGGGAGAGGAGUCGGGAUCGGAAACCGAUGAUUCUAUCGGUGAGGAAGAAGAGGAGGAGGUCAGUCGCAGCAAGCGCCGGGGUAGGCAUCGGCGGCGGCGGCGGCGCAACUUCUCUGACGACGACGAGGAGGAAUCCAGCGACCAAUCUGAUAGGGGGAGAGCCAGUGGCAAGGGGAAGCGGAGAGGCGAUGAUGAGGAUGACGACGAGGAGGAGGAGAUCGGGGGUGAGGGGUUAAGGGCAAGUGAGGUGGUCAGGAGGGAGAUGGGCCUCGAGUGGAUGCUCAAGCCAGCAAGCAGUAGUAGGGAUGAGGACAACCGUGCUCAUAAAGCUGAUGAUGAGAAGAAAGCCGAGGCUGCAAAUGAAGAGGUGAAGAGAGCGAAUCCAAAGGAAUUGAACCCAUACUUGAAGGACGAUGGUAGCGGGUACCCAGAAGAGUCUACCCCUUCAAAUGCGGGCAGUCGGUUGCUUGCAUCCUCUGUCGUGGGUGAUGGAGGUGCUAGCUGGAGGCUUAAAGCUUUGAAGCGUGCAAAGGAGCAAGCAGCUCGUGAAGGAAGAAAGCUUGAGGAGGUUGUUGAAGAGAGAUGGGGCUCGUUAGGCCACUUAGCUGUAUCAGUUUCAGCAUCGAGAGCUGCCCCUUCACGUGCUCACUUGCAUGCCAUUAGAGGCAGAAAAGCUGGGGUAGCUGACAACUUAGAGGAACAUGCCAAAGGAAAUCCAGAGGGUCACCAAGGUGGUGACAGUGGUGGCCGUGAAUAUUUACGGGAUGUUUCGUCUCAGCGUCAUGUCAUGAGAAAACCCAAACCCGAUUCUGUGCCAUGGAAAAAGAGAAGACAGAAUAUAUCUUCUGAGGAUCAGGCACUUAUCUCUUCAGCAGUAGCAGGCAUAAAUAAGUUUUCUGAUGAUGGAAGCUUUAUGCAAAAGAUUAACAAUCUUGAAAGUAAGGAUGCAAAUGUUUCAACUGCUAGUGCUAGUGCUGAUGAGCAGAGGGACAAUGAGCAGAAGCCCAUUAAGCAGAGUUCAAACAAAGCACCAUUAGUGAGCACUCAAAAGCUAAAUGCAAACCAAUUAGCUGCAAAGAUUCUGCAGCUCCGAAUGAAAGGCAAGCAUGAAGAAGCUGAACAACUUUCGAGAGAAAUGGAAGCUUUGGUGGAGAAUCAGGAUACUGCCCUUGAAGAGCCUAGGCAUGACAAAGAAAGGAGCUCAAUCAGGCAUACAAUAAGGCCUAGUGCAGCUGAUCUCAGGAAAAGAGAAGAGGAUGCUGACCGGCAUUUGGCUAAUAAAAUUAUGCACAAUAAACAGUACAGCAUGUCUAAAAGUAUAGAGGAUGAAUAUGAUUUUGGCGAUGCUCCCAGUAAAAAAGACAAAAGGAAGAAUAAAGAGGCACAUGAGGAGAAGAGCGCUCGUAGGCCUAUGUUGACUCAGAAGGAGCGUUGUUUGUAUUGCUUUGAGAACCCAUCCAGGCCAAAGCAUCUGGUUGUUGCUAUAGGGAACUUCACUUACCUGAUGCUGCCACAGUUCGAGCCUGUUGUCCCUGGUCAUUGUGCUAUCCUUCCGUUACAGCAUGAGUCUGCAACAAGAACAGUUGAUCAGAAUGUUUGGGGGGAGAUUCGCAACUUCAAGAAGUGCCUGCUGAAGAUGUUUGCACAGCAGGACAAGGAUGUGGUCUUCAUGGAGACUGUUGUAAGCUUGGUCAGACAGCGAAGACAUUGCAUGAUUGAAUGCAUCCCUGUCCCUUGUGAAGUUUCUAACAAUGCACCCAUGUACUUUAAGAAGGCGAUUGAUGAAGCUGAAGAAGAAUGGAGCCAGCAUGAAAUGAAGAAGCUUAUCACAACAAGUGCAAGCCGCAACUUGCGGCUAGUCAUCCCGGAGAACUUUGCCUACUUCCAUGUGGAGUUCGGGCUGGACCAUGGAUUUGUUCAUGUAAUAGAUGAUGAGAGCAAAUUCAAUGCUGGAUUUGGAUUAAAUGUCAUCAGAGGGAUGCUCCGCUUGCCAGAGGAGGACAUGCACCGUCGGCGAAGGCAUGAGUCCUUAGAUAAGCAGAAGCAAGCUGUUGCUAGCUUCAUGAAGGACUGGGAGCCCUUUGAUUGGACGAAGCAACUUGAUUAGAUGUAAAUACAAUUUUCGAGAGCACUUGAAAGAAAAUCUUGCACGAAAUUAGUGCUAAAAGAUUUUUAGAGAAGUUUGUACUGAUGUCAUGUAUUUUGUGUUUUAACAAUUCUGUUUCCUUAUUUGCAGUAUUUUACUUGCAUAAGAUAUGGCUGUAACUUGCUGUUUCUUUGAA